UUUUUUAACUUUUUUUUUCUCCUUUUCUUUAUUUCCUCAUCUAAACCCCCUUGGGCCUUUUCUAACAAAGUUUCUCACUCCCCUCUCCCUUUCAUUUAGCCUGACGACUGUUGCUGUUUUUAUUUUCUCCUUUUAUUAUGUGCCAGCCUUUCUUUCCCUUUCUUUAUUUCCUUAUUACAUGAAUGUUUUUUUUCUCUUCUCUCUUUUUAUCUUUUCUCUCCUAUAAUUUUUUUCUUUUCUUUUGUAGUUUCGUAAUUUCAAAAAUUGUUUUCUUGUUUUUGAUUGUUUAUUCUGGUUUUUUUAGGUUCUGGUUUUUACAAAUUCUGAUUUGUUUUAAUUAAAUUCUGAUUUUGUUUAAAUUAAAUUCUGGUUUUGUUCUGACAACAUUUUUCUGUUUUGUUUCAAGUUUAUUUUCUUAGUUUGUUUCCAGGUUUUAAGGUUAGUUGAAAUUUUAGUUAAAUUUUUUAAAAAUAUACUUUUUUUAAAAAUUUAUAUCUAGGGUAAUAAGCUACUUAAAAUUCUGAUAAGCUCCGGUUUUAUAAAAAAUGACCCCCUCUUUAAUUUGAAACCGGUUUUAUUUAUUUUCCGUGACAAAAUAAAAAGUUAUGUGAGACCUAAUAAAAUAAAUUUAGAAAUGAAAUUUACUCCUGAGAUUAGAAAGAAAAUGGAAGAAAAAAGAAAAGUAGCGCAACGAAAAAGAACAGAAAAGGCGGAAAAGGCAGCUGCUGAAUCAGCUCUAGUCAGAGCUGAUAGAGUAAAACAAAGAGCACAAUUAUUACAAAGUAGUCUAAUUAGAAAGUAGAAAAUUUUUUUGUCACUUUUCAGAUGAUGAUUCCUUUAUGGAGCAAAGUUCUUCUAACCUCGACUUGGAUAAUUACAAUGAAAAUAGAGUAGAUGAUGCUUUAAUGGAGGGUUGUUCUUCUACUUUUGGUAUUAGAUAGGGGUUUAUAUAGGGAGAAAAAACUAUAACAAUUUUUAAGAAAUUCCAUCAUUAGCAAUUCCAUCAUCAUUAGCAGAUUCACAACAGAUGUUAUUACAGCGACUUAAAGAAUCACAAAAAUUGUUGAAACAAAAAUCACUUUCCGUUCCCGAUUUCUCUAGUAUGUUUACCUUUGCUGAGACCACAAAAGUUCAAAAUAUUUUCUCAAAAAAAUGCUUCUUCUGUGAACAAGAGUUUUUUGAUUGUGUCCGAAUCAGGCAUUACAAUUCCAAAAAUUGCAAAAUCCAAAACUUUUAUACAAACGGGUGGUCACUACAAUUUGAGGAAGUAUUAAAUAAUGACGAUCUACCUAAUACAGACACAUUGUUUGAUUUUUCGGAGGAAGGCCCUUAUUUAGUAAUACCCCUUUUUUUCUUUUCAUACAAAUAUUUUAGCUUUACAUAGUGCGCAAUGGAAAUGAAAUUUAUAACAUUAAAUACUUUGGGGUCACAUCACAAAUAUUAACAAAUCGGAUUUCGAAACACAAACACGAAGGGACUUUCAAAGAAUUAUCAAACUCAGCAAAUGUAGAAUACGGCUGCUUUUUAACAAAAUUAAAUAAAAAGACAGCAUUAUUUUUGGAGGGGUUACUUAUAUUAUCGUCGGAAUUAGGCACAAAUUUAAUCAAUAAACAAUAUGAAUUUAAAAACAUAGUUGAUGGCUUAAAUUGUGAAGAAAUUAAAAACGACGAAGAAAUGAAAAAUGCUAUUCUUGUUCAUCACAAAUCAGCAAUUAUAU